AUAACCAAAAAAAAAAAAACCUUCACAUUUUCUUCUUCUUCCCCUUUUUCUCUACAAUGAUGACAACUCUCAAAUCUGAUCAACUCAAACAGCUAAAAGACAUAUUCAUGCGUUUCGACCUCGACGGCGACGGCAGCCUAACUCAGCUAGAACUCGCCGCACUCCUCCGUUCCCUCGGCCUCAAACCCGGUUGCGGCGAUCAACUCCACGUUUUACUCGCUAAAAUUGAUCAUAACGGCAAUGGAUCUAUUGAAUUUGACGAACUUGUAGAUGCAAUUAUGCCUGAUAUGAAUGAAGAUAUAUUAAUCAAUCAGGAUCAGCUAAUGGAGCUUUUCCAAUCGUUCGAUCGCGACGGUAAUGGCUACAUUACCGCCGCCGAACUCGCCGGACAAAUGUCAAAAAUGGGUCAUCCGUUAACGUACAGAGAAUUGUCAAAUUUAAUGCAAGAAGCUGAUACCAAUGGAGAUGGUGUUAUAAGUUUUAAUGAAUUUGCUAAUAUUCUUGGGAAAUCUGCUACCGAUUUUCUCGGAUUAAAUACUGUCUCCGAAUCCGUUGCUUGAUUCGUCCCAAUUUAUGUGACACAUUCGAAAGUAAUGUUUAUAAGGAUGGGCCUUUUGUUGUAUUAUAUUUAUGUUUACUUUUUUAGUUUUUCGUGUUUGUUAAAAGUUAGGAGAUUUUAUGAUCCUUUAUAGCUCUUUCGCGGACCCUGCAUGAAUGCAGGAUGCUACGUGCAUUGAGUAGCCCUUUUAUGUCCCUCGGUGUAUUUGAUUUAAGAA